AUGUAUGCCCUUGUAUACAUAUAUUCUCUGUUUUUACUCUGUUUUUCCGCCGUCACCUUCGCAACUACAUUUGAUAUCCAAACACUAAACACGACCUUCAAGUUCUUAGGAGAUGCCCACAUCCUUAACAGCACUUUUCGACUCACUUCUGAUCUCCCCGUCCCAAACUCCGGCGCCGGAAGGGUUUUAUACAAUAAGCCCAUCACAUUCCGGCGACCCGGGAACCAAAUUCCAACCAGUUUCGCCACUCACUUUUCGUUUUCUGUUCUUGAUUUAAACCUCAACUCUAUUGGUGGUGGUUUUGCUUUUGUCAUCUCGCCGGACGAUAGAUCCAUCGGAGCCGCCGGUGGGUUUCUCGGAAUCCCGGCUGGCUCUGUCGCCGUCGAGUUUGACACGGUAAAAGAUAUCGAAUUUAACGAUGUUAACGGAAACCAUGUUGGUCUUAGUAUCAACUCAAUGGUUUCCUUGCACGCGGCCGAUUUGGAUUCGGUUAACGUUAGUUUAAAAAGCGGAGAGUUAAUCCACUCGUGGGUCGAAUAUUCCGGGUCAAAUCACCAUUUGAAAGUAUUCGUUUCAUACGCCAAAACCAAACCCGUAUCACCUGUUUUAUUGGUCACCAUAGAUUUAUAUCAAUACGUGAAUGAAUCCAUGUAUGUUGGGUUUUCUGGGUCAACACAGGGGAGUACAGAGGUCCACUGGGUUGACUUUUGGAGUUUUACUUCCUUUUUUGAUGACCCGAAUAGAAAAAGUGUCGAUUUAAACACAACAUUAUCACCAUCACCACCGAUUGCUACCAUAAAAUACCCUAAGUUAAAUAAACUAAUGAAAGGACUGAUUGGGUUGUUGGUUGGGAUAAUAGUGUUGACCGGCGGAGGCAUAAGCAUCUACCUCAAAUAUCAAUAUGGAGGAGGUGAAAAUAAGUAUUUCAAUAUCUGUAAUUGUUGUUCAAAUGUGAACAAUGUGGCUGUUUAG